CCACCUACAACCGAAGAACUUAUUGAAAGCAUACAAAAAAUGACACAAAACCUCCAUAAUCUUGAUAUUAACUCUUUGCAAGUUGUUUACAAUCAGCUGUCUCAUGCUCUUGAAGUUGUUCGUAGGCCGGAAAAGACUUUUCAGGCAGGUAACUGGGUAAAUGAAGAUCUAA